AUGGAUUCCAUUCAUCUUCAGUAUCUAUGGAUGUUUCUUUACAACACCACGGCUGCCAAAUGUGCCUUGGGUACUGCUCUUAUUGUAGCCACACUUUGGGCUUUUCUGAUAAAGCCACUCUUACAGCAUUAUUACCCAUGCAGAUCUGUUCCCCAAUUGGAAGUGGUGGGCCAUCGUAUUUAUACACAACGUCCUCCUCUCACUCCUACAAAGUCUUCUACUUCUAAGAAAACAACUCCAACGAAGAAUACACCACGGCGAAAAUCCCCAUCACCGCAGCGUGGUCGUAACUCUCUCAAGGCAGAAGCUAAACAUGUUAUCAGUAUAUUGGACAGUGCAAAGAAGGGAAAAGCGGAAUAUCAACAAGUGGGAGGAUCACCAGUAACGAGGAGAUACGUUACUCCCGCCCCAAAUGUAACGGAUGAGGCUCUUGCAAGUUUAUUUCAUUCACCAGAGUUUGUGCGUUGGUACGAACUUCAUCGAUAUGCUUUAUUACAACGUGUACGGGUACGAUCCGCACAGGAUCUAUGGAUGUCUAUUGCAACACUUUUGGUAUUAUUGUUUGGUAUGUUUCUUCUUCCAUUCUUUAGCUUUCGCAAUGAGGAUGCCACGCUGUGGGUCCUAUUGCAGCAACGCUACAGCAGUAAGAGUGGAAAUACCAGCCGUGUUGGGAAUCAUAAUAAUAAUAAUAAUCAUAAUCAUAAUAAUAAUCAUAUUAAUCAUUCUCGUUUUAAGCCAGAGGUGCAAGAUAAUGCUUUCCCUGUAUUCUUCCCUGAACUCUGUGUCUAUGUGGAAGGAUUAUUAUUACUGGUGGCGGUGUUAACACUUCUGACGACGGCGUUUAUGCCGCCCACUGCGGCCCACACGGCCACAACGGCACUCGUGGCAUUUCUCGUUCUUUUCUGUGAGGCCGCACUUGUGCAGCGGGUGGCGGUGGGUGCGGGAUUUGCAGCCCUACUCGCUGUCGUGGCUUGGCGGGUGAGAAGUGUGUGUGGAAUGUGUGAGUAA